AUGCGCGGGGGCGGCGCGGGGGCGGCGGGGCCUCCAUGGCCCCCUGAGGGGGUCCCCGCGGGCAGCCCGGGAACCCCCCGCUCCCCUCGGUGCGAGGGAUGGAGGAGGCGGAGCAGCAGCGCGCAGGGGGCGGCUGGGCCGAGUGGGGGCCCGGCCCGGGGGGGUCCCCGCCGUGGGUGCCCCCCCCGCCGCCCGACGGGGACGAGGAGCCCAAGCGGGGCCGAGGCGCGGAGUGGGGCGGCCCGGAGCCCUCCGGGGACGCGGGGCCGGCCCGGCCGGCGGCGGCAGCGCCGCCCAAAGCGGCGGGGGACGAGAAGGCCGCGCGGCCCCCCCCGGGCCGGGGCCGAGGCGCGGGGAAAGGGCGCGGGGGGCGCCGGCAAAGCGGCCGGCAAAGGGCCGGCGGGAGAGGAGCGCAGCCCCCGCAAAGCCGCCGAGGAGCGCGGGGCCCGCGGCGGGGAGCGGCCCGGCCCCGAGGACAAGGCCCGGCGGCCGCUGGCGGGUCCCCGCGGCGGGGCCGGCCCCGAGCAGCGCGGGGAGUGGGGGGCGAGCUGGGCGCCCGCCGAGCCGGAGCCCCCCGAGGACUUUCUGCCCCCUCCGGAGUGCCCCGUGUUCGAGCCCAGCUGGGCCGAGUUCAGCGACCCGCUGGGUUACAUCGCCAAGAUCCGCCCGAUCGCCGAGAAAAGCGGCAUCUGCAAGAUCCGACCCCCGGCCGACUGGCAGCCCCCCUUUGCUGUUGAGGUCGACAACUUCAGGUUCACCCCCCGCAUCCAGCGGCUCAACGAGCUGGAGGCACAGACCCGGGUGAAGCUGAACUACCUGGACCAGAUCGCCAAAUUUUGGGAGAUCCAGGGCUCCUCCCUCAAGAUUCCCAACGUGGAGCGGCGCAUCCUCGACCUCUACAGCCUCAGCAAGGUGGUGAUGGAGGAGGGUGGCUACGAGGCCAUCUGCAAGGACCGGCGGUGGGCGCGCGUGGCCCAGCGCCUCUCGUACCCGUCGGGGAAGAACAUCGGCUCCCUGCUGCGGGCGCACUACGAGCGCAUCAUCUACCCCUACGAGAUGUACCAGUCUGGGGCCAACCUGGUGCAGUGCCACGCGCGGCCCUUCGAGAGCGAGGAGAAGGACCGCGAGUACAAACCGCACAGCAUCCCCCUGCGGCAGUCGGUGCAGCCCUCCAAGUUCAACAGCUACGGCCGGCGCGCCAAGCGCCUGCAGCAGGAGCCCGAGCCCACGGAGGAGGACAUUGAGAAGAACCCCGAGCUGAAGAAGCUGCAGAUUUACGGGGCCGGCCCCAAAAUGCUGGGGCUGGGGCUGGUGGCCAAGGACAAGACUCUGAGGAAGAAAGACAAGGAGGGCCCCGAGUGCCCGCCCACGGUGGUGGUGAAGGAGGAGCCGCUGCCGGAGCCGCCCGAGCUGCGCCACAGCCCCGAGCCCUGCACCAAGAUGACCAUGAGGCUGCGCCGCAGCCACAGCAGCAGCCAGUUCGUGGACUCGUACAUCUGCCGGAUCUGCUCGCGCGGUGACGAGGACGACAAGCUGCUGCUGUGCGACGGCUGCGACGACAACUACCACAUCUUCUGCCUGCUGCCCCCCCUGCCCGAGAUCCCCAAGGGCAUCUGGCGCUGCCCCAAAUGCGUCAUGGCGGAGUGCAAGCGGCCCCCGGAGGCGUUUGGCUUCGAGCAGGCGACGCGCGAGUACACGCUGCAGAGCUUCGGGGAGAUGGCCGACGCCUUCAAGGCUGACUACUUCAACAUGCCCGUGCACAUGGUGCCCACGGAGCUGGUGGAGAAGGAGUUCUGGCGCCUGGUGAACAGCAUCGAGGAGGACGUGACGGUCGAGUACGGCGCCGACAUCCACUCCAAGGAGUUCGGCUCCGGCUUCCCCGUGCGCGACGGCAAGCGGCGCCUGUCCCCCGAGGAGGAGGAGUACGCGGGCAGCGGCUGGAACCUGAACGUGAUGCCGGUGCUGCAGCAGUCGGUGCUGUGCCACAUCAACGCCGACAUCUCGGGCAUGAAGGUGCCCUGGCUCUACGUGGGCAUGGUGUUCUCAGCCUUCUGCUGGCACAUCGAGGACCACUGGAGCUACUCCAUCAACUACCUCCACUGGGGCGAGCCCAAGACCUGGUACGGGGUGCCGUCGUUCGCGGCCGAGCACCUGGAGGAGGUGAUGAAGAAACUGACGCCCGAGCUGUUCGAGAGCCAGCCCGACCUCCUGCACCAGCUGGUCACCCUCAUGAACCCCAACACCCUCAUGGCCCACGGCGUCCCCGUGGUCCGGACCAACCAGUGCGCCGGCGAGUUCGUCAUCACCUUCCCCCGCGCCUACCACAGCGGCUUCAACCAGGGCUACAACUUUGCUGAGGCUGUCAACUUCUGCACAGCCGACUGGCUCCCCGCAGGCCGUCAGUGCAUCGAGCACUACCGCCGGCUGCGCCGGUACUGCGUGUUCUCGCACGAGGAGCUGAUCUGUAAGAUGGCCGCCAGCCCCGAGAAGCUGGACCUGAACCUGGCGGCCGCCGUGCACAAGGAGAUGUUCGUGCUGGUGCAGGAGGAGAGGAAACUGCGCAAGGCCCUGCUGGAGAAGGGCAUCACUGAGGCAGAGCGUGAGGCCUUCGAGCUGCUGCCUGAUGACGAGAGGCAGUGUGACAAGUGCAAGACCACCUGUUUCCUGUCAGCCCUGGCCUGCUACGACUGUCCCCAGGGCCUGGUCUGCCUGUACCACAUGGACGACCUGUGCAAGUGCCCCCGCAGCAAGCAGUACCUGAGGUACCGCUACACGCUGGACGAGCUGCCGGCCAUGCUGCACAAGCUCAAGGUGCGCGCCGAGUCCUUCGACACCUGGGCCAACAAGGUGCGCGUCGCCCUGGAGCUGGAGGACGGCCGCAAGCGCACGCUGGAGGAGCUGCGGGCGCUGGAGUCGGAGGCGCGCGAGCGCAAGUUCCCCGAGAACGAGCUGCUGCACCGCCUCAAGGGCUGCCUGGGGCAGGCCGAGCGCUGCGUGUCCGAGGCGCUGGGGCUCAUCAGCUCCCAGGAGACGGGGGUCCCCGCGCCGGCGCUGACGGUGGAGGAGCUGCGGGCGUUCCUGGAGCAGAUGAACCAGCUGCCCUGUGUCAUGCACCAGAUCGGGGACGUGCAGGCGCUGCUGGAGCGGGUGGAGUCGUUCCAGGCGGAGGCUCGGGCGGCUCUGGCCGUUCCCCCGCCCGCGCCGGGGGCGCUGCAGGCGCUGCUGGAGCGCGGGGCGCGGCUGGGCGUGGAGGUGCCCGAGGGCCGGCGGCUGGAGCGGCAGCUGGCGCAGGCGGCCUGGCUGGAGGAGGUGACGGCCACGCUGCGCUCGCCGCGCGCCCGCGUCCCCCUGCCCGUCAUGCGCGGCCUCAUCCAGGCCGGCCGCACCGUGGCCCCCAGCCCCGCCGUGGACGUGGCCAUGGCCGAGCUGCAGGAGCUGCUGACCAUCGCCCAGCGCUGGGAGGAGAAGGCGCAGAUGUGCCUGGAGGCCAGGCAGAAGCACCCCCCGGCCACGCUGGCCGCCAUCAUCCAGGAGGCCGAGAACAUCCCGGCGCUGCUGCCCAACAUCCAGGCCCUGAAGGAGGCGCUGGGCAAGGCGCGGGCCUGGAUCGCCGACGUGGAGGAGAUCCAGAACGGUGACCACUACCCGUGCCUGGAUGACCUGGAGGGGCUGGUGGCCGUGGGCCGGGACCUGCCGGUGCGGCUGGAGGAGCUGCGGCAGCUGGAGCUGCAGGUCGGCACCGCGCACUCGUGGCGGGACAAGGCCUCCCGCACCUUCCUCAAGAAGAACUCCUGCUACACCCUGCUCGAGGUGCUGUGUCCCUGCGCCGACGCCGGCUCGGACAGCAGCAAGAGGCUCAAGUGGCGGCAGGAGCCGGGGCUGUACCGGCUGGACGCCGAGAGCCUGGGGCUGUCAGCGCAGGACCUGCGCGACCCCGGCGCCGUGAUCGUGGCGUUCAAGGAGGGCGAGCAGAAGGAGAAGGAGGGCAUGCUGCGCCUGCGCCACGCCAACGCCCAGAAAGCCGCGCCGCCCGCGCCGGGCCCGGGGCCGCCGUCCUGCGUCUGCGGGCAGCCGGCCGGGCCGGCCAUGCUGCAGUGCCAGCUCUGCCGGGACUGGUUCCACGGCUCCUGCGUGGCCUGGCCCCGCCUGGGCGCCCAGAAACCCUCCCCGGCCUGGUGGGAGUGGGACGCCAAGUUCCUGUGCCCGCUGUGCCAGCGCUCGCGCCGGCCGCGCCUGGAGACCAUCCUGGCGCUGCUGGUGGCCCUGCAGAAGCUGCCGGUGCGGCUGCCCGAGGGCGAGGCCCUGCAGUGCCUCACCGAGCGAGCCAUCACCUGGCAGGACCGCGCCCGCCAGCUGCUGGCGUCCCCCGAGGUGGCCGCGCCCCUGGAGCGGCUGGCGGCGCUGCGGCACCGGCUGCACGGGGACGGCGACGGGGCGCUGCGCGAGGCCAGCCGCAACGAGCAGACCAAGGGGGCAGGUUUUGGGGUCCCAGGGCAGGCCGAGCCCCCCAGAACACGUUCCCCCCACCCCGCAGGUGUCGGUGGAGAACGGGGACGCCCCCAGCCCCGAGAAGAACGGACCCCUGCCCUCGGAGCUGGAGGCGCUGAGCGCGGCGCUGCCCCGCCUGCAGGCGCAGGGCCCGGCGCUGGAGCUGCCCGAGGGGGGGCACAGUGCAGUGUCCCCAUGGUGUCCCCAUGUCCAUGCAGUGUCCCUGCAGUGUCCCCACAAUGUCCCCGUGGUGUCCCCGCAGAGCUGGAGGCGCUGAGCGCGGCGCUGCCCCGCCUGCAGGCGCAGGGCCCGGCGCUGGAGCUGCCCGAGGGGACGCGGCGGCCGCUGGAGGAGCUGAUGAUGGAGGGCGACCUGCUGGAGGUGACGCUGGACGAGGCCCAGAGCAUCUGGAGGCUGCUGCAGGCCACGCGCCCGCCCCCGCUGGGCCUGUUCCGCCUGCUGCUCGAGCUGGAGCAGGCGGAGCGCCGCGGGGCGCGGGGCCGCGCCCGGGACCCCGAGCGGCGGCGGAAGCGACGCGCGGAGCGGGGACACCUCCCGGCGGCCGCCAAGGAGGAGCUGGAGCCAAAGAGGAGCCGGGGGCCCGAGGGGGGCGGCGACCCCCGGGACAGCCCCACGGCCGGGCCCCAGACCCCGGGGGACUCGUGACGCGGAGCCCCCAGCUCGGACGGACACGGUGGGGAUGGACCCUGCGACCCCCCCCAAAACCUCCCCAAUUUUUGGGUGGGGGGAGGGGCGCUCUCCCCUCUCCCCCCCUCCCCCCCCGCGAUGUAAUUAUUUGAGUUGUUUCUUUUGUAUCGUUCAGCCCCGAGGAGGGGGGGGGGGGGUUGGGC